CUCCCGCCUCCGUCCGCUCGAGUUCUCUCGCCUCUGCCUCAAGUGUAAGAAGGGAAAGUUGGGCGACACUGAGCAGUUUCUCCCGGACAGAGGUCCAGUCCCGCUAGGAUGAGAGACAGGUGCCCUCUCGCGCAGCCCCGGCCCGGCCACAGGAAGCACGUUCUGCCUCCCGGCCCGCGGGUUCCUUCAGAAGCCACUCGGCGCCUGACCUGGGACUCCCCCCGACUCGGGGCCACGAUGGGACCCACGGCCGCCACCAAGUUCACGGGGCGCUUGCCGCUCCUGUUUCUGCUGCUGCUGCUGCUGCUGCGCAAGAUUGCGGCGGCGUCCUCGGGGUUGGGCGUGGGCGCGUCGAGCGGCGGAGGAGAGACAGAUGCUCUCUCGCUUUCCUACCAUUUCUUCAUCACAUCUAAGGCCAGGCCUGGACAACCUUGGUGUGAGGUUCAAGGCCAGAAAAAUGGCAAAAAAUUUCUUUCCUAUGACUGUCAGACGAAGGAUUUCAAACCCAUUGGUCCUCGGGGGAUGAAGCUGAAGGACAGAGUAUUUUGGCAGAAACAGGAGGAAACUGUGGAACUCCUGGUGGAAGAGUUCAGAAAGAAACUGCUGGACAUCAAAGCAGAGAAUUUCACUAAGAGCCGGACAGGUUCUCUCACCAUGCAGGGCAGGCUCAUGUGUGAGCGUGGGGCCGAUGGACACACCAGAGCAUCCUGGCAGUUUUGCUUCAAUGAGCCGAUAACCUACCUCUUUGACCCGAAGAAAGGAAAGUGGACAGUGGAUCCUUCUGGAGGCCAACAGGUUAAGGACAUGUUGGAUGGUGACAGAGAGCUGACCAUGCUGCUCGUGAGGACCUCAAAUGGAGACUGUCAGAGCUGGCUCCAGCAAGUGUGGGAGCACCGGGAUGAAACGCAGGAGACCACAGGAGUACCGGCCACAACCCUGCAUGUAGCUCUGGUCAAAGGCGCAGCCAUCAGGCCGAUUGCUUCCGUUUUCCUUGUGGUCCUCACGCACUCAAUCGUCCUUGUCGUCCAAGGCAUAGUCCUUUGAGUAACAGAGGCUGAAGUUGCUAAAAGAAGGGCCUGAGGAUGUGCUCUUCUGCACCUGCUCUCCCUUCUGGUGAGUGACCUUCUACCUGCUGUUCAUGUCCACCAACGGGACCUUCGAUCCCUAUGGCGAAAGCGGAAUCCUCCAGUCUUCCAGGAGAUUGUGAUUAUGGUGGAGAUGUAGUAUUUCCCUGCCUUCAUUCUCCGUCAUGAUGAUCCGCCUCUGCUCUUUUUCUUAACACUGUGUUCUGGUGCUAACUGUUGGGACUCCUGGACUUGGCCUUCUAACUGCCUGAACAAGAAUUCUGAACAAAGAGAUUAUUUCCCAAGUUCUCCUUUGGUAUUGGAAAUCAGACACUUGUCAAUAUCAUGAGCUGCUCAUUGCUGAAAGAACACUGUGUGAAAGAAGAGAAUCUCAGGGCUUCUUUCUUUUGAGACUCAGAUCUUUUAAAUAGAACAAGAUUAUAUUUAUGAUAGUUUAUCCUUUAAACUUUAAUUUAUCCUUUAAAUAAGUAUUUAAAUAAAAUAUUAAAGGUUACAUUA